AUGUGCGACAUGGGGGCUCUUGACAACCUGGUGGCCAACACGGCCUACCUGAAGGCCCAGGGAGGCGAUGACAAGGAGCUGAAGAAACGACGUCGCAGUCUGGCGCUGCCCAGGGCCGAACAGUGUGCUGGCGCCAGGGCAAGUGUGCCGAGCGACUUUGAGUCUCUCUGUGUUGUGCAGCCCAUUGGGAAGAGGCUAUUCAGGGAGUUCCUGGGCCAGGGCUUACCUGAGUACAACACAGCUGCUGAGCUUCUUGAUGAGCUCACCGAGUGGGACUUGGCAGAGGACGCAGCCAGGGACAAGGCAUGCACCAACAUCAUCAACAGGUUCUGCAAGGAGGGUUCCAAGAGCUUCUUGUGCUACCUGACUGGGGAAACACUGGACAAGUGCAAGGCUGUCACAGAGAAGGACUUUGAGGAGGUGAUGGGCAAAGUGAGAGAGGCUACCAAGGUGUUUCUCAAAGGCAAGCCAUUCAUGGAUUACAAGAUGAGUCCUAUUUUUGACAAGUUUCUACAAUGGAAAGAGUAUGAAAGGCAGCCUAUCACUGAAAAAUACUUCUAUGAGUUCAGGGCACUUGGAAAGGGUGGAUUUGGAGAGGUAUGUGCUGUGCAAGUGAAAAACACCGGCCAGAUGUACGCCUGCAAGAAGCUGUGUAAGAAACGUCUGAAGAAGAAGCACAGCCAAAAAAUGGCACUGUUAGAGAAAAGGAUCUUAGAGAAACUCAACAGUCCUUUUGUGGUCAACCUGGCCUAUGCCUUUGAAACCAAAAGCCACCUCUGCUUGGUCAUGACCUUGAUGAAUGGUGGAGACCUUAAGUAUCACAUUUACAACAUUGGUGAGAAGGGCAUCGACAAAGAGCGGAUUAUUUACUACACAGCUCAGAUUGUCACAGGCAUCCUCCAUCUGCAUGCCAUGAACAUUGUGUACCGUGACAUGAAGCCAGAGAACGUACUCCUGGACAGCCAGGGCCAGUGCCGCCUUUCCGACCUCGGCCUGGCUGUGGAGCUUCCACCUGGGAAAACCUCCACCCAGAAGGCUGGAACUGGACCUUACAUGGCCCCUGAAAUUUUAACUGAAACCCCAUAUAGGACAUCAGUAGACUGGUGGUCUCUGGGGGUAAGUAUCUAUGAGAUGGUAACUGGCUACACACCAUUCAGAGGUCCCAACACCAAGAAGGAGAAGGUGGAUAAAGAGGAGGUGCAGAGACGCAUCUUCAGUGAGGAGCCCAAAUUCGAACACAAGAACUUUGACAUGUCCACCAAAGAUAUCAUUCAACAGUUUCUGAAGAAGAAGGUGGAUGAACGUCUUGGCUGCAAUGGUGAUGAUCCCAGGAAGCAUGAAUGGUUUAAAUCCAUUAACUUCCCUCGUUUGGAGGCAGGUCUUAUCCCCCCACCAUGGUUGCCCAAACCAAACAUCGUCUAUGCUAAGGAUACAGGUGACAUUGCAGAGUUCUCUGACAUCAGAGGGAUUGAGUUUGAUGCCAAGGACGAGAAGUUCUUCAAGGAGUUCAACACAGGUGCUGUGUCUGUCCACUGGCAGAAAGAGAUGAUUGACACUGGACUUUUUGAUGAGCUCAAUGACCCUAACCGGAAUGAAUCCUCUACUGGUCUAAAUGGUGAUAAUAAAUCACGCACUUGCACACUCCUGUAA